AUGGCCGGCAUCGUUGAAGAUUACCUCGACGGUCCCAUGGACAAUGAUACCGACGAUGUAUUUCCCUGCAAAGGCUGCGGAGAAAUCCUCGAGGAAGGCAAAGCGUUUGAAUUAGCUGGCAACCGAUGGCACCUGGACUGCUUCCGGUGCAACACCUGUGGUACCCUCCUAGACUCCGAUGCGAACCUCCUCCUUCUCGGCGAUGGGUCUCUCAUCUGCAAUAACUGCACAUACAGCUGCAGCGCCUGCGGGAACAAGAUCGAAGACCUAGCUAUCCUUACUGGGGAACAAGCAUUUUGCGCAACUUGCUUCCGCUGCCGCAACUGCAAACGCAAGAUUGAGAACCUUCGAUAUGCCCGAACCUCACAAGGCAUUUUCUGCAUGGGCUGCCAUGAGACGUUGAUGGCCAGGCGUAGGAAGAAAUCAAAGGCGGCCGCCGCUGCAAAAGCAAGAGAAAAAGAGCACUCGCCGAUGAUCACCGAGAAGUCGUUGCCCGCUCUGCCAGCCAACGCCAUCCCCCCUAAUGCGUUUUCCAACGACCGUGUCGACCCCGACUCAGACACUGCCACCGAACUAUCACCUCGGCCUCGGACAGGCCACGGUCGGAACGAGUCGUCGUCUCGAAGCAGCUCCCGACCAGCCCGCUCUCCGGAGCGCAAGGGCGGUGAUGGCUUGAGCCUACCUGCCACCACCUACCGAAACAAUCGCAAUUCGACCAUGAUGUCACGGACCGACACUGGUGCAGGUGACCCUGACAGCUUCCUUAUUUCAGUAGCCCUCGAUCCUAGUCCCCAUCCGACUCCGCGGUCGACGUCCGAGAAUCUUUCUGAUGUGGGCAAGACCAAGGAAAAGGACUAUUUCAGUGCGCCCAAGACGGCUACAUCUGAGAAGCGAAGUGACUCGCACAACACGACCCCUCACAUUGCCUUCCAAGAGAAGGGCCGCCAGCCUUCUUCGUCAGAGUAUGAAACCCCUCCCAAGUUGCCAGCCCGGAAGCUCUCCAAGUCUUCGAGAACCGACUCGAGUAGACGCUCGCCGGCAAUUGAGGACAGGCCUCAGAAGGCAGCCAGCCGCCGUCCGCCCACCAACGAGGACUUCAAGCUCCAAGAGGCUCCCAAGAGCAAGAAGUUAGUAUCAAGGAGCAGCUCACAGUCUUCGAGCGUCCCCGCGGAGACCACUAGCUCUGCCAGGACAAGCAAUGGAACGCGGAAGGAGAGCGGCUAUGGCGGUGUGGCUCAUUCCGAAAGCACGGUUACAACACCCGCCUCGCGGUCAUCACAAGAAUCGAGACGGCUGGAUGAGGAUGAGCUUCGUGCUUCGAUGGACUCAUCAUCCAGAACAUCUUCUCGACCAGAGAACGCCAAGUCUAUUGCACGAAAAGAGGUCCCUGCUACUGGCGCCAGAAACGUCAACGGAAAUACCAGGCAGCCCACUCGGCAAGAAACAGAAGAUGCUACGCCCACUCGACAGAACCCCCCUCGAACCUCAUCGGUUGAGCAGAAGAAGACGGAUACCUACAUGCAGCCACGGUCAGCUCCCGCUCCUCCCACUCAAAUCCACACCCAGGUGCACCCAGGUGGCAAGGAGGCGGCUGGUACCAAGGACGAUGGCACAUCCCCCAAGCACUCGCCCAAGCUGCCUAGAUGGAGCAGCGGGGGUGACUUUAGUAUGGACGAGGACAUGGCCCGUAUCCUUGGCACUGACGAAGGCUCGACGUCUAUCCUUCGUCGUGUGUCCAACGCUGUGAGACAUGGCCGCACUAACAGUGUGGAAUCACCCAUUGGAAACCCUUCAAGGACUGGCCACACACGAAGCAUCAGCGAGACGACUCGCGCAACUGGCUCUCCUCGCUGGCCCAGGACACCAGUUGCCGAGGAUUACGGUCACGCCCACGAAAUUAGCAGCCCAAUGUCGCUGGCAUCUGGCGACGAUCCUGCGUUCCUCAAGCGACAGCUCCGAAAUUCGGAGCAGCGAGUAGCAGAGCUCGAGAGGCAGUUCAUGACGGAGAAGGACCUCAAGAGCCUCAACAAGAAGCUGGUGGAGAAGCGAAAGACGGUGUCUGUUCUCGAUACCCAAACCGAGAUUAUGAUUCGACAGCUGGAGGUCCUGGCCGGAUACGUUGAGCGAGCCAAGGAAACCAAGACGCCUGUAGACCCGCGGGAUCUCGAGGACUCGGCGAUCAAGGAAUUUGUGCAGAAGCUUGACAAGGUCAAGAUGAGCAUGUCUGCGGCGAUUGAGCAGCUCCACGAGGAACGAGACCAACUCCUCGAGGAGAAGAACCAGGCGAUUGCUGAUCGAGACCGUGCUCUCCUCGAGUUUGAGCAGCUGUCGUCCAAGAACGCACAGCUCGCAGACAUGAACAACGACUUGACACACCAGAUUCAGGAACGUUUCAAGUCGCAGAUUGGAGGGGAUAUCAAGUCCCCUGGCGGCCUCGGAAUCUAUGGCCCGGGCAAGGGACCUAACAGCUCCUCCCUCAACCUGGAUUCCGCCAGCCUGUCAACAGGCGCCACUCUUGUCCCCGCCGACGAGGAGCCCAUUGUGGAAGCCGGCCCGACGGUGGUGCAGGUCCGGAAGGGCCAGGCCAAGAAGUUCAACUGGAAGAAGGGAUCCAAGGGAUUGGCCCAGAACGUGGCCAAGGGCGUUAACAGGGCUGUUGUCGCAUUCCAGAACGAUCGUGAAAGGAUGCAGCACCAGGGCGGUGCUCCUCUGAGUGGAGAGAACAUCGGCAUGCCCUAUAACAUGACUGUUGCUCAGGUUGAGGCGCCAGCUGGACCUGUCUCUAACGGUGCGAACGUGCAUGGCGGACACGCCGGACACGCGGGCCAGAACAAGCAGCAAGCCGACCGAGACCGACAAGGCUUUGGAUUCUUUGGCAAGAAGAACACGCUUCCCAAGUCUGGAUCGGCGGGCAACAUGAGCAACAUAGAGCCAGCUGAGCCACCGACGGUUCUGUUUGGAUCUGACCUUGCGGAGCGAUCCGACCACGAGCGCCGACAGAUUCCCAGCGUAGUGACGAGAUGUAUUGAAGAGGUGGAACUGAGGGGAAUGGAUCAGGAGGGUAUCUACCGAAAGACUGGUGGCAACUCACAGGUCAACAUGAUCAAGGAUGGAUUCAGCAAGGACGAGAACUUCGACAUUUCGGAUCCUGACCUCGAUAUCACGGCGGUGACGAGUGUGCUGAAGCAGUAUUUCCGGAAGCUUCCCAUGCCGCUACUGACCUUUGACAUUUAUGAGCGUGUUCUUGAGUCGAAUGCGAUUGCGGACGAGACGGAGCGAUGCGAUCACUUGCGUAAGACGUUUGCUUCGAUGCCCCAACGGCAUCGUGAUUGCCUCGAGUUCCUCAUGUUCCAUCUGGCACGCGUGGCAAAGCGUGAGCCCGAGAACUUGAUGUCUCCCAAGAACCUGGCUGUCGUGUUUGCGCCAACGAUUAUGCGCGAUACAAGCAUUGAGCGUGAGAUGACAGACAUGCACGCAAAGAACAUUGCUAUUCAGUUCGUCAUCGAGAACAGCCACACUAUCUUCGAGGACGCCUAG